GUGCUCUCAAACCUCCAUUGCGGUUGAAAUCUCCGUUGCGGUUGUUACCGCUGUAGUGCGUACGUAUGACGCUCGGCCUCUGCCCGCAAGCCCCCCACCAUCGUCGACCCCGCCAUCGAAGGGCCUGAACACAAAACGCACCUUUGCGCUUCCUGAUGACGCCGCAACCUUGUCUUUAGGACAAUUCCCUAACUGCGGGAUCACGUUGGAGCGCUGGGACUAGUCAAUUUACGGCAAUAGUGGCUGCUGGCGUCCUGGGGGGAGGCUCCGCCAAAAAUUUCUCGGGCUAAAGAAUAAUCACGUUCAACAACCACCACCAGCUCUCCAGGUCCAUACCUCUUCACCGCAACACCACAGCACCAUGGCCACUCCCGAUAAGAAACGCAAGCGGGACUCCGCUGCUGCGGAAUCAACUCACCAGAUUAAACUUGUCAAUGCUGAGGCAUCCGACCUUCCUCCCAUCGCUGCCACCACGGUCGGCGUAGCGCUCCCUCCCUUACCAUUCGAGCCCUAUACUCGUCCUUCUCCCUACGAUACCACCAAAAAGAAGCGCGCGCGCCCCGAAUACCUCCUCCACGGAUCCAACCCGCGGCUCGACUACGAAGGCCGCGAAGUGCCCGAAGACUCGCAGUACCACCGCUACUACGUCGGCAUCUUCGACCCGGCCACAAACAGCGUGUCCCUGCACCUCGCGCCCAAAGUCCACGUCACAUCUGCGAUCCGUGCCCACCGCCAGCGCGAUGUUGAAGUCCUCGCGAAGGGCUCGCAGUUCACCUACGCCGAGAGCAAGGUUGCGCUUGGAAAGGCCUUCGGAACGCGAAAGGCACAGAGCGCCCUCACCAGUAGGGAGAUAAAUAAGGUCGAUGCGACGGAUAUGGAUCAGUCCGUUAGCAAUGCGAUCAUCGAGCAGGUCGAGGAGAAUACCAUGAAUAUGCCCACCACCGAGGAGCUGGGCAGGAGCAUGCAGGAUGAGAGACCCGUUCCGAAGCAUAAUGCGGCUGCUAGCAGGGUAGACGAGGUUUAUGCGCGUGAGGAUAUCAUCUCUGAGGAGGAGUGGAACAGUAUCUGGGUUAGCGACUGGGUCAAGAAUGGGGCUGUCAAUACGAAAUCGACGCAUGUCAACAAGCGUGCUAUGCAGUUGAUACAGGGUUCGGCGAAGGGCAACACCCGCGAGCUGAAGAUGUUGAAGUACAUUGCAUCUUUGAUCGACUUCUACCUUUUCCAGCAGAAGGGCCGUGGACGAGUACCUCCUCCGUCACGGGCGAAGACCGCGUUCAGCGCUGGCAAUCCCACACUCGUUGAGAGCUUCUACAACAAGUUCACGGAAACCACGAGCGGGCAGGUUAAGAAGGAUGAGCAGGGAAAGGUCAGGGACAAUGGCGACAGAUAUGUGGUAUCGCCGCGAUUGGAGCAGAAGGUCCUUUACUAUCUGGCUGUACUAUGCUUGAUGGUGGAUAAGUUCGACGUGGACAUCUACGACCUGAAGCACGAUCUGAAUAUCCUGCCCAAGGAAUUGGCCCAAGCCUUCAAGGAGGUUGGAUGUUCCAUUAGAGACAUCGGAAAGUCCCAGUUGGCGACAAGCAAGAUGACCAAGGCCGAGGCAGCACAACAUAAGAGGGCAGUUCUCAAGAUUCCCCUGGAGUUCCCUCCACCACCAAGAAAGAGGACUGCUGCUGGCGGUAGAAGGUGAGGGGGAGGCUAGAGAAGUGUGAUUUCAGCCAGGGUUUGGGGCAAUCACGCUUGCUGUAUAUAACGACGGACGGGACGAUCAGAAAAUAAUAUGGAACAAGCAUUUACUAGAAACGCUCCAGAAAAAAACACCACGCAUCGCAUGUACCCAGCGUAACCUAGCGUAACCCAGUAAAAGUAAAGUAAAAGAGUACAUAAACGUCAAGGAAAUCAGAACUGUCCGGCCUUUAUAAAAAUAUGCCGCCAAUCACAACCCUCCGAUCCCAUCAUACACACAUUAGAGGUGUCCAACACCGGGGAGGCAACCCUAUUUUCUCUCCAGCAUAGCUUCAACCUCCUUGAGCAAAUUCCUCAGAUCUCCAUCAUCUCCAAACUCCAAUCCAAAUGCCAACGCCUGCUUCGCCUCUUCGAGCCGUCCCAUCUCCUUCAGCGCCCUCGCCUUCCUCCAAUGUGCCUUCGGGUUCUGCGCGCGCUUGAAGUCGACACUC